UUUCAUAAUAAAAAUUGCGGUGAUAAUUUGAAAUCCUUACACUUCAGUCACUGACUUUCCGGAGAUUUUUUUAUAAAAAUUCAGUAGUAAGAGAUUAAUUCUCCACUUUGUUCUUGCUCUCUGUUUGAUCGGAAAUACGAGUUAAUCGUCAGUAUCAAGAUCGUAAUGAUUAGAGUUUCUAUUCACGCCGAAAGUUUGGCAUGUUUUAGACAAUCAAAAAGAUCAUAUACCAGAAACUUUCUCCUUUCUUUAUCUGAGCUGGAUCCUUGCAAAAGUUUACCUCGUGAGUUUGACCGAUCAAUUUUAGGGGAAAUUCCUGAUUCUAGAACUGGAUUAUUUCAUCCUGGCCAUGGUUCAGAUUCUAGAAAAAUUCAUGGUCAACUAUCUCAACAUUCAAGCCCAAAUCCUGAACAUGGACUUUUAGGAAGUGGUGCUUUUCCUAGGGAAUCGAGUAUUUCGGGAAAUUCUCCUUCACUGGUUCAAGGCAAAUGUUAUCAUCUACUUAACAGGAGUAAUGCAGCAUAUCAGCCUCCGCAUCGCUGUAAGGACAAAGUUCAUUCUAGGACAGAGAGUGAAGAUCUUAAAAACAAUGAGACAUUUGGUUCUUCUGAACUUCUGAAUUUGGAUAGAGCUGAGGAUGAAAGUAGGAGAAAAGAUAUGUUCGAGCAAAUGAGAAAGGAACAGCAUAAAACUUUUCAAGGGAAGCAAAAUAAAAUGUGUGAUGAGUAUAAAGAGAACUUGGAUCCAGAGGUUGCUGAAACCCUUGAGGCUCCUGGAAACUUCAAAAGUCCCGUGACCAAGCACGAUGAACCAGAUGAUUUUGCAGCAUCCCUAUCUCCAGCCAAUGAUCCUGCUGGGAUUGAUUUUAAUGCACAAACUUCUGCUGAAAUUCUACUUCCCCUGGUUAACAAAACCCUGAAUUUUGGGACAAAUUCUGUAAUGGAUUCCUCGAUAUCAGAGCCCGGUGAUGUUAGAAGAGAUCACAUGGAAGGCUACACUUUUCAUUCCUCUGAUUUUGCUCAUCAGUUUCUUGAAGAGAACAAACCUCCUGGUGACAUAUCAGCUAAGGAAAUGAAAGGGGGUACAGAGUGGAAUGAGAAACUUGCAGGGAACAAUUCCACAAAUCUAUCUUCCGGAAAAAAUGAACUUGCUCCAAAGCUUAUUGCAUCUACCUUCACUCCUGAUGCCAAAGUAAUCUCAGAGCAACUGUACAGUUGCCAUAUACCAAACGUGCCUCCUGAAGUUCUUACUGGUGAAGAUUUCAAAGUAUCCAUGCUGCCCGAGCUCAAUGAAUAUUAUUUAACUCAGCAUCACUCUGCUAAAGGCUGGAAACCUUAUGAUGGAAAAGACUGGCAGCCGAAUGGUGCAUCUUGGCAUCUUUUAUCUUUUCUGGAGGAGCCAGACCAAACAGAUGUGGAAACAUUUUCAAAGCUAAACAUGGGGUUCCCCGUUCUGAAAAUUGUAGAUAAUGGUUUUGCAAAGGAUUCGCAAACAAGAGCAUGUGCAGGCAUUCAGGCACACUCUGCAGUGAGUACAAUUGAGGAGUGUUUAUCGAUCUCUGAUGAUAGCCAGACCAAUAUAAGAUAUAACCUUGGAAGUGAGUCAGAGUCCAAGCUCGGUCCCCUCAGUGGCUUUGAUGAAAGUGCUGAUACAAUAGAUGAAGUUUGUUUACCAGAUGAGGACAGUUUGAUUACAGUAGAUGACUUCAUACUUCCACAAGACUACACAUUUUCAGCUGAUGGUGGUUCAGUUAAGUCAGAUUUGUUCACCUUAAAUCCCCAGGUUGAUUAUGCUGAUGAGCUAGAAGCUCUUAGUCUCACCCGUGGUGAGGAAAUAUAUUCUCAACUUGUGUUGGAUGGUCCUAUUUUUGAUUCUUACGACGUGACGGGUUCGGAGACUUCUUAUCAAAGGAUGCUAAGCCAGCAAUCUUUUUCAUCAUUUGGCCAACACCAGAUAAAUCCAGUGAAGGCAUUUUCUAGAUCUUCAGAUGCUCAAGAAGUUCAUAUGAGUCAUAAGAGGAGGCCCUUUGAUUCAAAGACCUAUCUUUAUAAUCCACAACCGCUCCAUCUGUUUCCUACAAAUGUGCUUUCUGAUCAUUUCCAGCAGCCUCGAGCUGACCUAAGGAGGUUUGCUCAUCCUAUUAAUAGUCCAUCGCUACAGCAGAUGCUAACUCCAAGCAAAUCUCCUUCUCCUCACCAAGUUUGUGUCCUGCCAAGAGGCUCACCCUCUCUUCGUGCCAGUAAUGAAAUGAAUUGCUAUACUCCGGAGCUACUAGACCCAACGCAAAAUCUUCCAUUGUAUUAUGGACAACAAUACGUGCAGGGCCUUGGCAUGCCAAUUUCAGAUCAUAUUGUUGGUGGAAUCAGUGAUAACGUAGCAUACAAUAGGCUUUUUGAGAUGGAAGUAGGAUCAAGUCAGGCACAUCCUGUUGCUGUGGCUGGGCAUGGUUGCGAUUCAGAAAUCUUCAGCAAACAGGUGGACAUGGGAUUUUGGUAUGGAAAAUAGACAUUUUGGUUAUACAUAGUUGUGCAAGAUGAAUUCAACUUUAGCAUGAAUGUUAAUCUCUCUGGCGAACGUAGAUAUUUGACUUCCGUAUUUUUUACUACAACUUAAAUUGAGCGUUAAGACAAUGUCGGAUAUUUUACAUUCACUCUAAGUUGGGAUAUUACCAGAAACACAGAGAUAUAUAGCAAGUAUAAAAGAGAAUAAAAAGGUAUGAAUAUAUUUCAUGACCUA